CUUUCUUUUUCGCCAAUUUUUCCAAAUCGAACUUAGGAUUUGUAUUUGGUUUUCACUUUUCACAUUUUUUUUCUAAACUUCCUUUCCCCUGCAUAUUUCUCUCUUUCAAUCCUAAUAAAAUUCUCUUUUCCAACGUUAAAUAUAAUUCAAAGGCUACACGGAGAAACUAUUCCUUCUGUUUUUCUGCUUAUAUAUGCGAUCAAUUACAGCUUAGUUACUGCUUCUCCUCUGAGAUCUGGCUCACUCUUUCGAAGAGAACAACGAGGAGGAGAAAGUAUGAAGAGAAUAAGAGACGACGUUUAUGUAGGCUCGCAAUUUAAACGUCCUUUUCCCUCUUCCCGUGGGGAAUCCUAUGGGCAAUCACAAAUUCUGGGAGGUGGUGUUGGUGGUGGUAGUGGUGGUGGAGGAGGAGGAGGAGGAGGAGGAGGAGGUGACGGUGGUGGCGGCGGCGGUGGCAGCGUAGGAGGUGGUGCUGGAGGAGGAGGUGGUACUUCACAGAAAUUAACUACCAAUGAUGCCUUAACGUAUCUCAAGGAAGUUAAGGACAUGUUUCAAGACCAGAGGGAAAAAUAUGACAUGUUCCUUGAGGUCAUGAAAGAUUUCAAGGCUCAAAGAACUGACACUGCUGGUGUCAUUGCAAGAGUUAAAGAGUUGUUCAAGGGUCAUAACAACUUGAUCUUUGGAUUUAACACUUUUCUACCUAAGGGAUAUGAGAUAACCCUUGAUGAGGAUGAGGCUCCACCAAGGAAAACAGUUGAAUUUGAAGAAGCUAUCAAUUUUGUGAACAAGAUAAAGAAACGUUUCCAAAAUGAUGAACAUGUUUAUAAAUCCUUCCUAGACAUUUUGAAUAUGUAUAGGAAGGAGCACAAGGACAUAGACGAAGUCUACAGUGAGGUUGCUACUCUCUUUGAGGACCACCAAGAUUUGCUUGAUGAGUUCACUAGAUUUUUACCGGAUACUUCAGUGGCGCCUGUGAACCAAAAUGCUCCAUUUGGCCGAAGUUCAAUUCAGCGUUACAAUGAGCGCAACUCUACUACUCCCACCUUGCGGCAAAUGCACAUGGACAAGCAACGUCGGCGGGAUAGGAUUGUUACUUCACAUGCAGAAUGUGAUCUUAGUGUUGAUCGACCUGAGCUAGAUGACGAUAAAGCAAUGAUGAAAGUGCACAAAGAACAGAGAAAGCGUGCGGAGAAGGAAAAUAGAGAUAGGAGAAAUCGGGAACAAGAUGAUAGGGAGCCGGAGCACGAUAGCAAUAGGGACUUCAGCUUGCAGUGUUUUUCUGAUAAAAGGAAAUCUGGCCGAAAGGUUGAAGGUUUUGGAAUGCAUUCAAAUGUUUCUCCUUAUGAUGACAAAGAUAAUUUAAAGAGUAUGUGCAACCAAGGAAUCAUGUUCUGUGAGAAAGUUAAGGAGAAGUUAGGCAGUUCAGAUGAUUACCAGGCGUUUUUAAAGUGCCUUAAUAUAUACAGCAAUGGGAUAAUAAAAAAGAAUGAUUUACAAAAUUUGGUGGCUGAUUUACUUGGAAAGUAUCCUGAUCUUAUGGAGGAAUUCAAUGAUUUCUUUGAGCGAUGUGAGAAUAUUGAUGGGUUCCUAGCUGGUGUUAUGAGUAAAAAAUCACCAUGUAGUGAUGGACAUGCAUCCAGACCACUAAAAUUGGAGGACAAAGAUAAAGAGCAGAAGCGAGAAUUUGAUGGAGCUAAAGAAAAGGAAAGAAACAGGGAGAAGUAUAUGGCAAAAUCCAUUCAAGAGCUUGACCUUUCAAACUGUCAACGUUGUACUCCCAGCUACCGUCUUCUGCCAGAUGAUUAUCCCAUACCUUCUGCAAGCCAGAGAUCAGAGCUUGGUGCCCAAGUAUUGAAUGAUCACUGGGUAUCUGUGACUUCAGGAAGUGAAGAUUAUUCUUUUAAACAUAUGCGCAGAAAUCAAUAUGAAGAAAGUUUGUUCAGAUGUGAAGAUGAUAGAUUUGAGCUUGACAUGUUGUUGGAGUCUGUGACCUCCACAGCUAAACGUGCGGAGGAAUUGUUAAACAGCAUCAAUGAAAAUAAAAUAGACACUCCAAUCCAUAUUGAAGACCAUUUUACUGCUCUAAAUUUAAGGUGCAUUGAACGUUUAUAUGGUGACCAUGGUCUUGAUGUCAUGGACAUAUUGCGUAAAAACCCAUCUCUUGCACUACCUGUCAUAUUGACUCGCUUAAAACAGAAACAAGAAGAGUGGACUAGGUGUCGAGCAGAUUUUAACAAGGUUUGGGCUGAAAUUUAUGCAAAAAACCAUUACAAAUCACUGGAUCACCGCAGCUUUUAUUUCAAGCAGCAAGAUUCAAAGAACUUGAGCACCAGAUCUUUGGUGUCUGAGAUCAAGGAAUUGAAAGAAAAGCAACAGAAGGAGGAUAAUGUUCUGUUAGCUUUUGCUGCUGGAAACCGACAACCGGUGGUUCCACAUUUGGAGUAUGAAUUCCCUGAUAUGAGCAUUCACGAGGACUUGUUUAAACUUGUCGAAUAUUCAUGUGAAGAGGUUUGCACAACCAAAGAACAAUUAAGUAAAGUUAUGAGGCUCUGGACCACAUUCAUGGAGCCAAUGCUUGGCAUUGUUUGUCGUUCUAAUGGCAAGGAGAGUAGUGAAGAUAGAAAAAUUGGGCAUCAAGCUACGAAUUGCACUACAUCAAGCACAGUAGAAAAUGGUGCUGGUCCUACCACAAUGAGUUCUAAGCCCCCAAAAUUUGCAAGCAACGGAGAGGAAAACAAUUCACUGGAACUAGCCAACUCUUUUAGACCAAGUAUGGCUAAUGGAGAUAAUUUGGCUAAAAAUAGUUUACUUGAAUUAGAUCGGGUUAGUAAAGAUGAUCAGACAUGUAAUUUGUUUAGAGUAGAAAAGGUGCACACAGAUGCAGAUGUGACCAACAAAAUGUGUGGAUUCAAUACACAAGUUGCCUCUGGUCAGGGAGUGACUGAUUCAAAAAUAUCACUUGUGGUGGGAGCAGAACAGAAUCAUGGUAGAACCAGCAUCUGUGGGAUGGCAGGAUCUGGUUUGGCACAGUCCAUUCCUGGUGGUGGUGCUGUUGAGGAUCAUAAAUUCAAAGAUGGCAUUGACAUUGGACCUUCAUUAGAGGUGCUUCAGGGUGGGCUUGGUGCAAAAUCUGUUUUACCGGCAAAUGGAGGGUUGACAGAUGAUGCUAAAUCUAGUAGAUAUCAUGAAGAGGCCACUGGACCCUCCAAAACAGAAAAGGAGGAGGGUGAGUUAUCCCCCAAUGGUGAUUUUGAGGAGGACAAUUUCGCUGUCUAUGGGGAUAAUGGAUUGCAGGCAAUGCCUAAGGGAAAGCAUGGAAUCGAAAGCAGGCAAAAUGAAUCUGGAAAUGGGAAAGAGUUGCACUGUCAAGAUGCUGGAGUGGAAAAUGAUGCUGAUGCAGAUGCUGAUGAUGAGGACAGUGAUAAUGCUUCUGAGGCUGGUGAUGAUGCAUCUGGCAGUGAGGCAGCUGGUGAUGAAUGCUCUCGUGAAGAGCAUGAAGAGGAUGAAGAUGUUGAACAUGAUAAUGUGGACGGGAAGGCUGAGAGUGAAGGUGAGGCUGAGGGAAUGGCUGAUGCACAGUUUGCAGAUGUGCCAUUACUGGAACGAUUUCUUCUGUCUGUGAAGCCUCUUGUGAAACAUGUUCCAGGAAGUUUACUUGAUGGGGAAAGGAAGGAAUCUCAGAAAUUCUAUGGAAAUGAUGAUUUUUAUGUGCUUUUUAGGCUUCACCAGACUCUAUAUGAAAGAAUUUUAUCAGCAAAAACAAAUUCAAAUUGCGCUGAAAUGAAAUGGAGAACUUCUAAAGAUUCUAGUUCUUCAAAUCCCUAUGCCAGAUUUAUGAGUGCAUUGUACAAUUUGCUUGAUGGAUCUGCUGAUAAUGCCAAGUUUGAGGAUGAAUGCAGAGCUAUUAUUGGAAAUCAAUCAUAUGUGUUAUUCACACUGGACAAGUUAAUAUAUAAAUUGGUCAAACAGCUUCAAACUGUUGCAACUGAUGAUAUGGACAGUAAACUUCUUCAAUUAUACGAGUAUGAAAAAUCCUGUAAAGCUGGGAAGUUCAUCGACUCAGUAUAUUACGAUAAUGCACGUUUUCUUCUUCACGAGGAGAAUAUUUAUCGCUUGGAAUUUUCAUCUUCUCCAUCACGUUUGUCCAUCCAGCUGAUGGACAAUGUAACUGAAAAGCCUGAGGUGUUGGCAGUUGCCAUGGAUCCUAAUUUUUCAGCAUAUUUGCACAAUGAUUUUCUGUCCAUCUUUCCUAGCAAAAAGGAGCCACGUGGUAUUGCGCUGCUGAGAAACAAAAGGAAAUACACAGGCCUAGAUGAACCUUCUGCUUUAUGCAUGGCCAUGGCAGGUGUUAAAAUGUUCAAUGGUUUGGAGUGUAAGAUCUCCUGUAAUUCAUACAAGAUUUCCUACGUGUUGGACACAGAGGAUUUCUUCUAUCGAGUAAGAAAGAAAAGGAGAAAUUCAUCACAGGUCAAGUCAUCGUAUCAUGAUCAGGUUCAGGCAAGAGUACGUCGCUUCCACAGAUUCUUAUCAGCCACGUGAUAAUUCCUGAUUUCCGUUUUGCGAAUUAAGUAGUCCUUUGCACACCCAAAAAGUAUAAAAACUUCCCUGAGACGACGUCUUCGGGUAUUUAUACUAAGCGACUACUUGAGGAAGGAAUGGCUCAUGAACUGCUGAGGAGUGUAAUUUCUUUGAGAGCACUGGGAAUGGCUCGCAAACUCUCAGGAAUGUAAUAUCUUUUAAGGACACGCAAACGAGCUAUUGUGGUGUAAAUAGAGUUGACGCCUGAUGUUCUCAUAGAAAUGUAUUUUAUUGUCCAUGUCUUGUAGGUAGGAGUUCAUCAACCUUUCCUUUCCUUGUUUUUCCCACAUUAACAGUUUGUGGAUCCAAGUUGCCUAAUUAAAAUUCUCAGAGUAGAACAAACUUGAAUCUGUAAGCAUAAGAAAAUGAAGACGACAGGGAAAAUAACACAAGUUAUGUAAAGAUCCCAGCUCCUUUCCUAGGCUUUUUGGUUAUUAAGCACCACCAAUUUUGUUGGCUUUUGAA